UCCUGGGGCCAAAAGGGAAACCCCCACCCCCUCCCCAGGGAUGCCAUAAACCGGAGUGAAACCGCUUUGAUGUUCGUCUAAAUGCGUGGGUGGGUGGCCGAGUACUGCGUGUAGUCGCCGCUGAGGGCGAGGCGAGGGGGCGCCCGUUGCCCCGCGCACGCCCCGCACGACAGCCCAGCGGAGGCGGCGGCGGCGACGCGGGCGGGCGUGGAGGCCGAAUGAAUCGCGCGGGAAACGGCGCAGCGGCCGGCGGCGGUUAACAUCCGUACAGCUUAGGUGCAACUAACAAGGAUGGAAUUCUUCACUCUUAUGGGGCAUUGAAACUGAAUGUGUCCACAGUAUUUCUCAAAUCAUUUGCACUUGAGAGACCUGUUCCCAGAUCCCCUAUGAAUCCAUCACUGACUUUCUCCACUCCACCCCAGAACCCAAACCCUGAUCUGGAGAGCCUCACCAUUCAGAAACAGAGGAAAGAACUUCAACUGUUAAUUGUUGAACUGAAAGACCGUGAUAAGGAGCUCAACGAUAUGGUUGUUAUUCACCAGAGGCAGCUGUUGGCUUGGGAGGAUGAUCGUCAAAAAAUACUGACUUUGGCAGAACGGUGCAGCAGAUUGGAGAAUGAGCUGCACAAGAGAAAUGAGAUGAUAACUGCACUGACCCAGAGAUUAAAGCUCCUGGAAUCCCAGCAGAAAGAUCGCAAGAUCACCCUUGAGAAUACUCAGCAGAAACUUCAGGAGCUGUCUCAGAGAGCAUCUGACACAUCUCAUCAGUGUCAGGCCCUGGAGGAGAAAAAUCAAUCCCUCAGCAGCUCGGUGAUGGAACUCUCUAAUAAAGUGGGCCAGCUGCAAGCUAGAGAACAGGAGCUGUUGACUAUGUUAAAGUUAAAGGAUAAUGAUAUACUUGAAGCGACCAAUCACAUUACUGAAUUUACAUGCAAGUUUAAGAAGCUGGAAAAUGCUCUGCGCGCAGCAAGGAUGGAAGAAUCGAGCACCAACAGAGAGAAACAGGACUUCAAACUCAGGCUGAAGGAGAUUGUGUUGGAAACAAACAAAUUAAAAGGUGACCUCAGCGAAAAAACAAGAGAGAACAAUGAACAGAGAGAAGAAAUCAUACGCCUCAAACAAGAAAACAAUUAUUUGAACAAUGAAUUGAUGCUUAGUGCUGAGAGAGCCAACAGAAAAGACCAGCUUCUUCAUUCGGCCAAAUCGAAACAACUGCGGACCGACACAGAACUGAGCAAUUUGCGACAGAUCUAUGUGAAGCAGCAACGGGAUCUGCAGUUCCUUCAUUUCAAUCUGGAGAGUUCUCAGGAAACGAAACAGAAACACAAGAAAGAAGCCCGCGAAACGAGCAGAGGGGUGGUUUUGUCAGAUCUUGGGAGUGGCAGCAACAGAGACACGGGCUGUAGCGAAACCAGUCAGAAGAGAAAUGCCUGCUUUAUGUACAUCCCCAGCCGUAGUUCGGAAAAGAUUUGCCAAGUGUGCAGAGCUGAGAGUAGGCAGCCGAUGGGCACCGAGGCGAGACGGUCAGGAAACUUGGAUCAGUUUCAGGAAGGGCUGUUUCACGAGCAGAUAACCCCACGCAAGCAAGAGCGGAAGCAGAAUGACUCCUCAAGCGCUGGGGAGACAGACAGUAGACCUGCCUCUCUGGCAGACAGCAUGUGGACGAUGGAAGGCAGGGAACUCAUGCUGGUUUCUGAGCCAAACCUUGUUGCCUCUUUGCCAAUACACGAGCAUUGGUUUGAUCUGAACUCGGGUGCAGAGCCCCCAAAGUGCCAGAGCCACAUGCCGAAGCGCUCCGAUAAAUCCAUGGGGGAUUCACAAGCUGGGACUCCAGGUGGGCCAAGGCUCAGCAAGUCUCCUGGUCUGGUUAAAAUGCUGGACUCUGGUUGCUGUUCGUGCUGCUCCAUAAGCAAAACCAUCCUGUCCCAACCAGUGACGGAUCAGGAGUGGAUGCAGAUUUUCAAGCCUGUAAAAGGAGGAGGAGGAGGAGGAGGAGGAGGAGGUGUCCCAUGCGGAGCUUUCCCCAGCAGUCCAAAAUCUACUCGUGGAAUUAAAGUCAGCAAGUCUAAAAGUGACCAUGAUGGAGACCUGAACCUUUCGGAGUUGGGUGCUCCAUGCUUGACAUCGACACAGAAGACAAGCAGGCCCAAGAUACAUGAGAAGUUUGUCGACGGAGACCUCCCUUUGGAGCUCGCAAGUUUGACAGAUCUUGAGGCAGCCACUGGGUGCUGCCAUUCCCCCCUCCACCACGAUUCCUGCUCUCCCACCAGUAAGCUGCAGCGGCUGCUGGCAGAGUCCCGGCAGAUGGUAGCAGACCUGGAGCUCAGCAACCUUCUCUGUACCAGCCCUCGCUGCAGUCCCAACAGCAGCAGCAGCAUUCAGACGGCAAUGGAGUAUCCCAAACCCCUUUGCAAAGGGAGAUUGCCAGCUGUGGAGGAAAGCGAGAUGAAACUUUCCCUCUUUUCUUUAUGACCAGGCAACGUACCUUCCCUUCCCUUCCCAGCCGUCCCACCUUUUGUCUGCAAGAGCAAAGAAAACAGCCUUGUUUUGAGUGCACCUCUCUGGAAGACUGAAGAGGUGUGUCAUCCCAACGGAUAGUUGCCCAUCAUUCUCCAGCACCUCCUGAAAACCUGCCAAAGAUCUGUGACUAAAAGCUGGAAUUUAUUCUCUAGUCGUUUUUUUAAAACCUAGAAUUAUGCUCAAAUGAAUAAAAACUAUUUCAUCGUA